AUGUCGUCACUGAAGAGAAAUCUAACAAAAAAAGAAAUAGCAACGGCUUUAAUCAUUCUCAAAGUACGACACAGGCUAACAACUGUGGCAAUUUCCAAUAUUUGUCGAUUAUUACGUUUACUUGAUGUGCCAAAUGCUCCUAAGAGCUUUUCAGCAGUCAAACGAUUAAUAGAACAAGAAGCAACAGAUAAAAUAAAACCAGAUGUUUUAAAUAUUUGUCAUAGUUGCAAUAGUGUCUUUAAAACAACAUGUGAUAAUCAAAAGUGUCAGUCAAAUAAUCAACAAAUACGUUCUCCUAAUUUUUUGAAAUUUCUGCUCAAAGAUCAAAUUCAAUUAAUUCUAGAAUCGGAAAAUAAUUUUACUUUAUAUUCUCAAUUACCUUCAUUAUCUAAUGAUCAUAUUGGUGAAAUCCAACACGCCGAUUGGUAUCGGUCAGUUGCUGAAAAUGAAAAUGGAUCAAACUUUAUAACUCUUCUAUUGAACGUCGACGGAAUAGCCAUAUCUGGAAGUUCUGAUAUUAGUCUUUGGAUAUUUACUUUCAUCAUAAAUGAAAUCAAGCGAUCUGAUCGCUAUAAGUUACAAAACUGUAUACUUGGUGGUGUAUGGCCAGGGCCAAAAAAGCCCUCAAGAGAGCAGAUCUAUGCUAUGCUCAAAUCAAUGACAGAUGAAUUACAGCUAUUAGAAAAUGAAAACGUCUAUAUCGUUAGGGUUUUAGGAAAUCAAAUGAUAAAGUUAAAGGUAUUUUUGAUUGGAUCAACAUGUGAUAAGCCUGCACAAGCAAUUGUGCAGAACAUAGCUGAGCCUAUCGGAAAAUAUGGCUGUGGUCGUUGCGAGAUUCCAGGGAUUACAGUUCCUAGUCGUAAAGGAGCCAAUCACCAUAUACGGGUUUUUCCUUUAUCGUCAGAAUCUAAUGAUAAACCACAAUGCCGAUCAAAUAAAAACUAUGAUACAAUAAUGGCAUUGAAAAAUCCAACAGAAGACGAAAGAAAAGGAUAUUUAGGACAAUGUGCAUUGAGAUUUCUAAAGCAUUUUGAUGUAGGUCAAUCAUUUCUUUCAGACUCACUUCACAACCUAUAUGGUGGUGCAAUGAAAAAAUUGCUCAAGUUGUGGUUUUCGGAUGAAUAUAAAAAGUCGGAAUGGUCCAGUUUCACCCAGUUUGGCACUAUUAGCAAACAAUUGUAUCAAUAUCGAUAUCCAUCAACAACAAGCAGAACACCAAGACCACUUAUCCAAUUUCAUAGAUUUAAAGCUAAUGAAUUUCGAUUAAUUUUACUGUUUGGGGCUCCUGUAUUCAAACGUUAUUUGAAACCAAAAAUUUAUAAAAAUUAUCUUCUACUUGUAUUUGCACUUCAUCUUGCCGAAUUUCGUUCGCUAAGAUCGACAGAUAUUGACGAUAUUCGAUUCUUAUUGGAUAGUUUUUUAUACGAAUAUCCAUCGUUGUACACAAAUCGACACAAUCAACAGGUGAUUCAUAGUAUUGAUCACGUAGCGCAAAGUGUUCAGGACUAUGGACAACUAUCAAACUAUUCAACUUUCAACUUCGAUUACUUAUGCUUAACUUUAGGUAUGGUAAGAGCAACUGUUCAUAGUACGAAAUGUCAUGCCCAAGAAAUAGCAAAUACAAUGAAUUUACUUCGCUUAGCUGUUCGCAAUACUCUUUUGGAAGAUUUUAGUAAUGAACUAAAAACCAUGUUGGAACAGAUUCAGAGGAAAAAACGAGUUACAGCAACAGAAAAACCUACAAUUCAAACCCAACAUCAUUCUAUCAAAUUACGAAUAAAGCAAACAGUCGACGAGACCCUAUACAAGGAUAUACAAGAAAUAUUCCGAUAUGACGACAUCCAACUUUAUCAAAUAGUUAGUAUUGGUACAACGCGAUUCACAACAAGGGAUUUUGCUAAGGCAAAAAAGAAUGAUGACUCUUGCGUUCUUUAUCGUUUCAACAAAUCAUCUCACAUAGGAUUUAUUGAACACAUUGUGCGUGCCAACCAGAAAAUAUUCUUCAAAAUAAAAAAAGUUACAAUUAAAGAAAAUUUAACCUGUACGUAUGGAAAUCGAAAAUUUCAAUGUCGAAACAUUAGUAUGGGUAGCUAUAACAAUGAUGAAAAUGUUUUUUUCAUUAAGCCCGAAGAUAUAAUUGAAAAAUUGGUUCAUUAUCAAGAAGCAGCUAAUUCUUUUUACUUUUUUCGUUUUCCAACUUUAUGUGAAAGUUCAUAA